UUUCAACCAACUUUUCUUUCCCUCUCCCCCGACUGAAGGAAGAAAGGAAGGAGAUUACUGUCGCAGAAAAAGUACCCACGGACUCUAUUAAUUUCCCCCACUGUGAUUGGCCCUACUUCUAGUAGUACGGCCGAGCGGAAGCCAAUAACUGGUGGCGUUAAGAGAUCCAUCCGUGAAGAAAGACGUGGCGGCGCCCACUCAAAGAAGCGGACAAACUCAACUUUCAAGAUUCACGCUUAAGCUCCAUCUUCAUGCCUUGAACAGCCAUCCACCCACACCGUUUCUCCACUGAUCAGACCACCAAUCCUCUAACACGUAUUGGACCGAAAUAGGAUACUUGCAUGGACCUCACUCCCCUGUCCGCCGUUGGAGGAGUGGUUGGGCGCAAGUGAGGUGAUCCAUUCUCAUAACACACGGCGGGUCAGGGCAACCCUAUUGUUCCUUUUCCCUCCCUUUUUUUUCCCUUAUCGACGAUUUAAUUCCGGUUUUCGCCAAUAAAUACUAUAGAGUAUCUCAGUCUACUCUUAGCUCUCGACGACACGCACCUCCCCUAAUCGAAAAACGUCAAUACCGUUUCUUCUGGACCCUAAUCCGCUUACAGUUCUUUUUUCUGCUAUGGCAGUUGACUUACAAGCAGAUUACCCAUUCUGUGCUGUCACAAAGGCUCCCUUGCCAACUGAAAUGGAGGUUGAUGGAGGAGAGGGAGGCAAAGUGAUCGUAAACAAAGAACAUUCCUCAAUAUCGUCACACGAACUACCGAAUAAUGAUGUUGCCUCGCCGGAACGCCGCCGGAAACGCUUACUGCUAUCCACGGAAAGCGCGUUCGUCGACAAUGUGCUCUCAUCCCUCGUUCAACAUCCUGACAUCGAGUUGCGGCUAAUUACGGACGAACCAUCCGCGCUUCUCUCCGGUGCGAACAAGGUUCCCCACUAUAUGGACACGGUAGAUACUCAGACUUUUGAGAAGAAGACGGGUGCUCGGAGAUGGCUGAAGGCUAAGGCUGCGGAGCUUUGCGAAUGGGCGGAUAUGCUACUAGUUGCUCCCAUAGAUGCUGGAACGCUGGGAUCGAUGCUGUAUGGCCUGACCAAUACAUUAACCCUUGCACUUCUUCGUGGUUGGAUAUCUACCAAGCCUGUCGUCCUUAUACCGGGUAUGACUGUUUCAGAAUGGCAUCACCCGUUGAACACUAGACAGCUCAGGGAAGUAGACCAAUAUUGGCCUUGGGUGAGCGUGGUUACGCCUGUUCUGAUGAAGUCCAAUAACCCUGAGGAGCUCGUGCAGCUUCCUUGGGGUGGUUUGAAAGAACUUCAUGAUACAAUCGAAAAGACCUUAGGCUUGUCUUUUUCUCAUCAUCUAACUGAACCCAAUCAGCCAUCCGAAAUUUCGAAAAUUGCUUCUUUAGGAGAGAAAGCAUCUACAAGUGUGGGUGCUACGGCUUCACGACAUACUGUGUAUCGGUCAGAUAAAGGCGCACGGUCUCUACCAAUGGAAUUGUGGCUAAAUGUCUUCGAGGACCACCUACGAGACUGGGAAAUCGCAAAGGCGGUUGGUAUUCCGACAAAUCUCCCGGUUCCUAAGGAAUGGCAGAGCCAUCUCCUCAAGAUGUCGGCUCCUGCCUCCUUGGAGUAUACAAUUCUCCGGGGUUCCUCUGCUGCGAUCAAGAAACGCAUCGACAGUUUGCCACGGUGGAAGCCACUUUCUGAUCUCGCUUGCCACCUAAUCUUCAAAUUCUCACGAACCGACAUUCUUUCCUACCUUACAGAGCACCACCUUGACCUUCUGUGGACAACAUCUCGUCUUACUAAUUUACCAUACCGUGCAUCUGCAAUCUACGGAAAUCCUAACAUCCUAACUUGGUGGCGCGAUGCUCCCGCUCUUCCUACUAAGGAGCAUAAAGCCGACGCAAUGGACGGUGCGUCUCGUGCUGGAUUUAUCAGCGUUCUCGAAUGGUGGCGCACCUCUGGCCUCGAACUUCGAUACACUGAACGUGCGCUCGAAUCGGCCAGCGCGGAAGGCCGCAUAGGCGUUUUAGACUGGUGGAAGAACGCUUCAGUAAAUGCAUCCCCAUCGAACCCCAUCCCUCUCAAAGUUGGCAAAUCCGUUCUCCUAGCCGCCCAAUCCGGUCGUACUGCUUCCCUCGCCUGGUGGGACGCCUCUGGCAUACCAUACAGCCAUGCCGAAUCAGUCGCCCGCAUUGCCAGUACACAUGGCCAUGUUCACGUGCUCGAUUUCUGGUACCGACUCAAAGGUGCUAAGAUGAUCUUCGAUUCGCAGGUCCUUGUCGGACCCACAAAGAACGGACACGACAAUGUCCUUGAAUGGUGGCGACGGAGCGGUCUCCGCGUCGAGUUCAAGACAUGUGAUAUUGAAGAGGCCCUCGAAGACGCGGAUCCCUCGUCUGGCGCCGAAGAAAGAGUCCGGCGGUGGUGGGCUCGCAAUGGGCUCAAUCUGGGCGUGGGGACAAGCGAAUGGAUGAAAACAAAAGUGUUGUGAUUGUACUUGUUAGGGAUCUUUCCCCCUCUUCUUUCCGCUUUGUAUAUUUGGUUUGAUUCAAAUUUCUGUUGUUAAAAAUACCCCCCAUCUGGCUUUGCGGAUUACGGAGCAUAACUGGUUACGCAUAUUAUAUAGACAUAGUUCACAUUACCGAAUGAGUUUGCCCGGAA